GGCUGCCUAACCACGCGAGUUGAUGACGUUACUUCAAUAGUGUCCGCAAAAUUUUCGAGUAACUGAACUAGUGACAACACUGGGACAAUUAAAGAAACACUUCAAUUUUUACAACUCAUCUUUUUGGUUUUAUUUUUUUUUUUUUUUCAUCUGUGCUAGAUAUAAGUUCAAUUAUAUAUAUAUACAUAUCAUUAAGUUGUGUGUAUUUGUGGUCUAGAGCUCGGAUUAUAGAUGUUCUACCUCGGCCUAUAUUAUUGAGGCAAUUAAUACACGAAUCACAUGAGGAAACGUGAUUCGAUAUUUAAUAUAUAAUUACGUAUUUUUUAUCUAAAUUGCCAACAUGAAGCUAUGGCUGGUGGUGAUCCACAUCAUCCUGGUGGGCACAAAUUUAUGGGCGACUGCUCACUACAACGAGGAGGUGACUGAAGACAACGAGUUUGCGGAGUUUGAAGACUUCGAGGACGAGAAACCCGCAUCUGCUUCUGACCAGUUUCAUCCCGCCAGCACCACCAAUAAAAAUAAUAAUAAUAAUAACAAUAAUAAUAAUGAUAAUAAUAACAAUAACAACAACAAUGACGAUGAAGUAUCUGUAGACGACUACGAAGAAGAAGAUUCACUGGUAGAAGAUGACAUAGAUUCAGAAUUCGACCAUUUCCAAGACGAAGAAGAGUUUGAAGGUCUAGACAACAACAACAAGAACGCUGGAAAAUCCGACGAGCCAUCAACAUUGACCAUCACAAAAGUACCCUUGCACUUACGGGCUCGUUGGGACAGUUACUACUUGGAGAUUCUUAUGGUGACCGGGUUGGUAAUCUACUUUAUCAACUACUUCACCGGGUGCUCGAAGAACUGUCGUCUAGCGGAGUCCUGGUUCGCCGAGCACCGGAAAAUCUUGGAGGCAAACUUCUCCUUGGUCGGCGACACCGGAAAAUCCCUGGAGGAAUCCUCAGAAAAUUUCCUGAUCAAGGAAAGCGAGUCCCAGUACAGCAUCUACUGUUCAGGUCGGGUUGGCUGCGAAUCGCUGCUGAUAGAGUUGAAACUACUGAAGCGACAAGACCUGAUAAAUGUAAUAGCUCAGAUUCUAAGGCCCCAAAACGAUCAGGCUCACUUAAAAUUUGAGAUGUCCAAGGACGAGACUGAUAACUUUGUCUUCGCGGUGGCUACCAAGCGGACUGCAGUCCAUUUCACUCGGGACAUUGCAGAUAUUUCUACCUACUGUCCCGAAAAAAGGCCGGGAGAUAAAUUUGGACUUCCUGCUGGGUUCUAUCUGAUGUCAGAGAUCUCAGAGGCUGCUACUGCGGUUCUGGACUCCAAGGUUGUGGCUGCUUUUACCAAAUACUCCCAGUUUAUUGACUAUAUUCAUAUCAGCGAUCAGUAUAGUGGAAAUAAACAGCAAGAGGACUCUGGGGCGUUAACUAUGCCGGAGGUGAAGAGAGUCCUCCUGGUUGGACUGAAUAUCAGCGUGAAGGGAAAAAAUCCUAAUGCGGAGUCUGUGGAAAAAAUGAGAGCGUUGUUACAGUUGACGUUCUAUCUUGUUGAUAAAUUAAGGCGUUAUAGAAUGUCUAAGGAGGCUAAAAACAAAUCAGACAAAAAUCGUCAGAAAGUUGAAGAAGCUUUCUUAAAGACAACCCACGCAGCACGUGCAGAAGCUGCAGCAGCCAAGCGCGAGGAGAAACGCCGCCAGGAAAAAGAGCGAAUUCUCCAAGAAGAGGAUCCCGACAAGCAGCGAAAGUGGGAGGAAAAAGAACAAAAACGUCUGGCGAAAAAACGCGCCCCUAGAAUGAAGCAACUCAAAGUUAAAGCCCUGUGAUUUAAAUCCCUUUGUAAACAUUUUUUUUCUAAUUUAAUUUAUCUAAUACCUUUUAUUGAGAAGAGGACUGAUUUCAUCAUCGCAUUUAAAUCGUACGUAUUCUCAUUGGAAAAAUCAAUCUCACUUUUUACAUUAUUUUUUUUCGAAUCGCGAUUUUUUGUGGUACCUCGAACAAAUAUCAAUAAUAAUCAUUGUAUCAGAUUGUAAUUUUGUAGCACUUUUUUUUUCAUAUUUAAUCAGGUCAUUUCAAAGGCACCAACAAUUGUUAUUGAUUAAAUUAUCAAAUUUAAUCAUCUCUUUAAAAUAAGUCAAGAAGUUUUGUAAAAUUUUCGAGUUUUUUAGAAGAAAAAAUUUUAGUGUGUCAAAUGCUGCAAAAUUAGUCAUAAAUAUAACAUCGCAUAUUAAGUUUACAAUAUUUGAUUGUUGAGUGCAACUGCGUGAUGUGCGUUAAAUAUAUAUUCAUAUAUAUUGACCAUACUUAAAUCAUGUAUUAAAUAAUAAUGUAUAAUUUAUUGUACAUAAUAAAACGUUUUACAAACU